GCCAAACUCUCCUUAUUUCCGUGUUUCAAGACAAAACCAUCAUCAUGUGGAAGCUGACGCGCGACGAGACCAACUACGGGAUCCCGCAGCGCGCCCUGCGCGGCCACUCGCACUUCGUCAGCGACGUCGUCAUCUCGUCGGACGGGCAGUUCGCCCUCUCGGGCUCCUGGGACGGCACCCUGCGCCUCUGGGACCUCACCACCGGCACGACCACGCGUCGCUUCGUGGGCCACACCAAGGACGUGCUGAGCGUCGCCUUCUCCUCCGACAACCGGCAGAUCGUGUCGGGCUCCCGCGACAAGACCAUCAAGCUCUGGAACACGCUGGGCGUCUGCAAGUACACCGUGCAGGUCGGCCGC